UCCCAUUGCAGUUUUCAUCACUCCAAGAAACAAGAGAGUCUUUUGGCAUCUAAAAUCAUGGCAAGAGCCGCUUCUCUUCUUCUACUCCUCUCCCUAUUAUACUUCACCACCACGGCCAUCCCCACUAAGAGCUCUAGUGACACAACCUUCAUUAAAACCUCCUGCAAAUCCACUACUUACCCCGCUCUCUGCGUCCAGUCUCUCUCAACUUACGCCACUUCAAUUCAACAGAGCCCGCGCCAGCUGGCUCUCGCGGCCUUGUCCGUGAGCCUGUCGAGGGCACAUUCCACUAAAUCAUUCGUCACAAAGUUGAAGAAGUUCAAGAACUUGAAGCACAGGGAGAUUGGAGCUAUUGCAGACUGCGUGGAAGAGAUGAGCGACACCGUGGACCGGCUGAGCAAGUCGGUUCAGGAGCUGAAGCACAUGGGUCAAGCCAAAGGUCAGGACUUUUUGAUGCACAUGAGCAAUGUGGAAACCUGGGUCAGUGCAGCUCUCACUGAUGAGAACACUUGCGUUGAUGGUUUUGCCGGCAAGGCCUUGAAUGGGAAGAUCAAGGAUUCGAUUAAAGGUCAAGUUGUUAAUGUUGCUCAAGUUACUAGCAACGCACUGGCCUUGAUUAACAAGUUUGCUGCAACAUAAUGAUCCAGCAGGCAGCCAUGGAUGUGUGGGUGAAAAAGCUCUUAAGAUUUUGCCAAGUUUUUGAUCUGUCGUUUAAAUUUGAUGUAUAAAUUAAGCUUGUUUUUAUGUGUUUUUAACAGUUAUGUAUGUAUCAUAUAUU